GAUGCAGUUGAUGAAACUGGAUGAUGGCACCCCCCACGCCUUCUACACCUCCCAAUGGUUCGAAGGCGAUGAAAAGCGGCUCGCAGACGCAACUGCAGAUUCCAAUGCCAGGCAAUAGAGAUUCACGCUCCACCGACCCCUCCACGGAAGGCCCAAAGAUUACGGUCACCAAUUCCGAAGAAGUUGCCAAAGGACCCACCACUCCACGAAGUACCAGAACCAACCCCAAACUGAACAAAAACCCAUCCAAGAACAGCAAAAAUCGAAGACAGCUACCGUUGUACAUAUGGCUUUCUCGCAAGAUCGUAGACAACACCUACUUCAUGGUUUUUACCACCAUUCUCACCUUCUAUGCCCUCACUGCAGAUGACCUGAGGAUAAUCCUCACGGAGAAGCCUGCAGAUAUCGUUUUCAACUUGAUUGGUCUCUUAUGUAUUACCGUCUUCUCCUGUGAGGUGGUUCUCUCCUGCUUGGGGAAGGUGGACUACCUUUGUAGCUUUUUCUUUCUGCUGGACGUGAUCAGCACAGCAACUCUCCUGCUGGAUCUCACCUGGAUUAGCGAAGCCAUCCAGGGUGACAAUAGCGACGCCUCCGACCUGCGGUCUGGCAGGACGGCUCGUGUGGGCGCCAGAGCCAGCCGGGUGGUUCGUGUUCUACGGUUAGUGCGAAUCUUAAAGCUGUACAAAGCCUACUAUGAGGCCAAACAGCGGAAAGCUGAGAGAGAAAGAAGAAAACAGCAGGGUGAAUUGGAGGAUGAUUGGGAUGAAGCAGACUAUGAAGCGCUAGAGAAUGGACAUACAAGAGAUACAGAGAGUCGAGUUGGCAAAAAAUUGUCCGAGAUGACCACGCGGCGGGUCAUUUGUCUUAUUUUGGCCAUGCUCCUGUGUCUUCCUCUGCUGUCCAAAGAAACGGCAGAUCAGACGCCCUAUAGCGCAACCUAUGGUGCCAAUCAUGUGUGGGAGGGGCUGUCGGUGGUCGCACCCAAUGCUGAGAGCACUUCAUCACAACAUCAGUCGUCGGCUUCGGCCGCCCUCUUUUUAGGUUCCCUCUUCUGGUUUGGACUUGCAGGUCAGAGCACCGAUACAAGCUUCACCACUAGCUUAGAGUACACGCAGAUGACUUCAGGGGUCCUUGACAGCUGGGUGGGCUCGACCCGGGAGGAUUAUCUGACGGCUUAUGGCACGAUGCCCUCAAGCAUCAAGGCCUCCCUGUCAGAGCCCUGGGGCCGGCAGUGUGCCACAUCCUCACAGGACCUUGUAGGUGUCUCCUUGAUCGACACGGAAGUGCAGAAUGCCAACUACUACAAGAUCUAUUGCCCCUUAGACUUGCGACUCACGGAGAUUCAGGCCUAUGCCCCCAGCCUGAUGCAACAAGGUCAAACACCCUAUCUGACCUUCUACUUUGACAUGCGCCCCUUCAACCGAACCACCGCGCUGUUCGGACUUAGCAACACUUUCUUUGUCAUGAUCCUGCUGGUCACGGCGUCUUUGAUGUUCACCAACGACGCAAACCGCUUGGUCCUGCGUCCGGUGGAGAAGAUGAUCGGCAGAAUCGAGGCCAUUCGAGACAAGCCGCUCUUGGCGAUGAAGAUGGCCGACGACGAAUUCAAAGCGGAGGAGAUUGCAAAGGAACGAUUGCAGCGGGCGAGAAAGAAGCCCUGGAAUCGAAUCUGCUGGGAGAUUUCGAGAUUAUCUGCGACAUCCAGAAAUGAGGUGAUGGAGACAGUGAUUUUAGAGAAAACCAUCAUCAAGCUCGGUUCCUUGCUGGCCUUGGGUUUUGGUGAAGCCGGAGCCGACAUCAUCGGCAAGAACAUGAGCGGCUCGGACUCUGCCGGAGUCAACGCCAUGGUUCCCGGGCGCAAGUGCGAGUGCAUCGUUGGGGUGAUGCGGGUGCGCGACUUCAGCACCGCCACGGAGGUUCUGCAGUCCAAAGUGAUGAUGUUCUCCAAUCAGAUUGCGGAAAUCGUCCACGGCGUGUGCAACGAGUUUCAUGGCGCCCCGAACAAAAACACUGGGGAGACUUUCCUGGUGAUUUGGAAGCAGAGCGAGGAUUCAGGGCUGGACAGCGAAGCGCUCAUGGCGAAGUUCGCGGAAGGUUCCAUCGUCUCCUCUGCGGCGGUGAUCGGUGCCGUGCACCGCUCGCCAUUGCUGGGAAGUUAUAGAGAACAUCCCGGUCUUCAGUACCGAUUAGGUUCCAAGUGCCGCGUGCACCUGAGCAUAGGCCUUCACAAAGGCUGGGCCAUUGAGGGUGCUGUUGGGAGUGAAUUCAAAAUCGAUUGCUCCUACCUGUCGCCCAACGUUUCCAUCGCCACAUCCAUCGAGAGAUCCACGGAAGUCUACAAUGUCUCCGUGAUUGUGGCUCAAUCGGUCAUCGAUCUGGUGUCGUAUAACAUGCGGUGUCAGCUCAGACUGAUCGACCGGGUAGUCAUUAGAGGCUCUCCGGCUCCCAUGGAGCUGUACUGUGUGGAUCUGGACUACAUGAGCAUAGAGCUGGAUCUCACCCUUCGCCCAAAGGUGCCCUGGAACACCAGGCAACGCUUCAAGGUGCGACAGUGGAUGGAACAAGAAAAGAAUGCCGUGCUGCAGAAGGACCUUGCAGAGGUUUUUGAGACUGAUGAAGUGAUAGCUCAAAUGCGUGAAUGCUUCACAGUGGAGUUUUUCCAACUCUUCAACAUGGGCUACCAGAAUUACUCUCAAGGAGAGUGGCAGGUGGCACGGCGGAUGCUGAUGGAAAUCAAAAGCCGCCUGGCGCCCGAUGACGGUCCCAGUAGCGCGUUGCUGAAGUUUAUGGAGUUCCCCCACGACUUUGAUGCGCCCACAGAGUGGAUGGGCGUGCGAGAUCUGGUGGGCUACUGAACUAGGUCCGCUUGGAGUCACCUUUCGGCGAAGGUUACGACCUGCCUGCAAAAGGUGACCUGAGCUGACCUGGUGCGCCGUAUGUCACUGGCAGGGGUCAUUUUCUCCGAAAUCGAUGGAAUCCACAGC